AUGGCUUUUCGGCUUCCACGUGAGAUUUUACGUGAAAUUUUUCUGGAACUCCUGGAUGAAGAUUUCCCACAGGACUUGCAUCCUUGUGCACUGGUGAAUCGUGAAUGGUGUGAAGUCGCGAUUCCAAUUUUAUGGUUAAUACCCAUGAAUUCGCCUAGUUGGACGUGGAAAAGUACUUUGUAUCUCCGGACAUUACUAUCAACAAUCGGCGAAGAAUCAAGAACCUUACUGGAAAAAAAUACAAUUGACCUGUCGACAUCACCAGCUGGAACAUUGUUCAAUUACGCGUCGUAUCCACGAACACUUGGGGUCACAAACCUACUGUUAAGUAUCGACUUUUAUCUUUUUCCGAACAGGCAAAAACCCAUGAAAAGGGAUGAAAAAGACAUGAAUCAAUUGAGAUUAAUGUUUAAAGAAUUAUGCAAACUGUUUAUCGCUAACUGCAAUAUAAGCACGAUCGAAAUUGGAGAGUCCACGGGAAUCUAUUAUUCUGUAAUCGAUGAAAUCAGUCUUAUACCGACAUUUCCCGGAGCUAAAAAGAGUUUGGAGAGGUUAACCACCCUCUCGUAUAGCAAUCAAUACUCAUCAAAGAUUACGUCAAUGUUUGAAUCAAUGUCUACGUUUGUCAUGAAUCUUUCUAGCAUACACUCAUAUAUCAUGGAUUCUUCGCAAGCAAUGGCAUUAGCGAAACUUAUUAGCACACAACGCAAAUUGGAACAUCUUUCGUUAGCUUUACCUACAGUUACAGAUAAAUUGAUUGCAGGAAGAAAUCUGUCGCAAGAAAGAGAUUGCUUUGUCCACAUUUUUGGGGCAGUUGCAUCUCAAAAAUAUAAUCUUAUCGUGCUUGAGCUUAAGAAUAUAAACUUUAGAUUUGUUCCCAAGAAUUCACUGGAGGGACUCGCCAGCUGUAGUACUUUGCAAAUCUUAGAAUUAAUUCAAUGUGAGGGUUUGGAAACCGAUCAGGCGAAAGCUUUGUCCAUGUCAUUUCCGUUGUUAAAAAAUUUUGUUUUCAAAGCUUCACCGGAAAUAGAUGAAAAGUAUCCGGAUGAAUUCAUCACCGAAAUUUUCAGGACUGCCAGUAAUCAUCUUGAGGAGAUUUUGUUAGAAGAUCACACCGAGCAUACCAUUACGUCGAUCACACGUUACUGCCGUAACGUUCGAAAAUUGUUCCUGGAAAGUCUCGAGCAAGAACAAAUUUUAUCAAUCUUCAGUAAUUGCAGUCAAUUAAAAAGUAUUUCAUUUGAUUGUGGGAAAGGCUUCGAUGCAAAUGACUUCCUUCGGAAGAUGGCUUUGUGCGUUCCAAAGACACUUGAAGCUAUGGAAAUCCAUAUGUUUCUUCGUAAUCCCUGGUUAUUUACUCCUGAAAGUCUAAAGAUAUUUCUCGAAAGUUGUAAAUGUUCAUUCAAGCAACUUGUGAUUCAGCAUGAUUUGGUUGUGAAUCGAUUUUAUGAUGAUAGUACAGCACCCGAAGACGUUGAAAUGACUACAAUGGACGAAGAACACUUCAACGUUAUUAAACGGGCAGGCGUUAAUCUGCUCAUGACAAACAACAUUGCUUUAGAUCCUGAUAAAUAUCCGGAUUAUAGCGGAAUAAUUACUAUUCCUGAAUCUACCCCUGCUAGCCGUCGUGUGUUUGUGAGUGAUUUUUACCUUGUUUACGCGUAUUGA